AUGGAGACUAAGCAGGACGAAGGAACUCCACUGCUGCCAAAUAAAACAAAACAAAUAAGAAAUGGCUGGCUCUACCUCACAGUGUUUUCAGCAGUUUUGGGUAAUUUCAUUUUUGGAUUUGCCCUGGUCUACCCCUCUGCAGUGAUUCCACAGCUUCAGACAGGUGACGACCCACGGCUGCACAUGGAUGUUCAUCAGAUAUCCUUGUUUGGGUCAUCUUUCACGAUUGGAGCUGCUGCUGGGGGGCUGAGCGCCAUGGUGAUGAACGACAAAAUCGGAAGAAAGCAUUCUAUCAUGAUAUCUGUCAUUCCUGCCACAGUGGGUUUUCUUGUGAUGGGGGCAGCACAGCAAGUUUGGAUGCUUCUCUUGGGUCGAUUUUUCACUGGCAUUGCUGGUGGCAUCACAGCCAGUUCUAUUCCUGUCUAUGUGUCUGAGGUUUCACAUCCAGGAGUGAGAGGAGCUCUGGGAUCUUGCCCUCAGAUAACAGCUGUUUUUGGAAGUUUGGCUCUGUACGCGCUAGGCUUGGUUCUGCCAUGGCGUUGGCUAGCUAUAUUUGGGGAAAUUCCCGUUCUGCUUAUGCUAAUCCUUCUCUGCUUCAUGCCGAUCUCCCCACGUUACCUCAUCACUCAUAACAGACACGAUGAGGCCAUAAAGGCCCUGAAAUGGCUCAGGGGCCCUGAUUCCAACUACAUGGCUGAAGUACAUCAAAUUGAGCGCAGUAUAAAAUCUCAGGUAAAAUUAAAGUGGUCGGAUCUUAAAAGUCCCUUUUUUUACAAGCCGAUCUUGAUCUCAGUGUUUAUGAGAUUCCUGCAGCAGAUGACUGGUAUAACACCUAUCCUUGUGUUUCUGGAGCCCAUAUUCCAGAAAACAGCCAUUGAAUUGGAGCCCAAAUAUGAUGCAGUACUCGUUGGAGCUGUUCGAUUGUUAUCUGUUGUGAUUGCUGCCAGUUUAAUGGACAAAGCUGGCAGAAAAGCUUUGCUUUUCACUUCAGGAUUUAUAAUGUUCCUGGCAAUGCAGACAAUGACCAUGUACACCCACAAAGUGCCAUGUGAUACCAGAAACGUUACUGCUGAGGUCCUGUCAGUGAAUAAUGGAACAGGGAUGGGUGCACUCUCAAAUUCUGGCACACUAAUUCCUCUUUUCAGUGUUAUAUUCAUAAUAUUUGGUUAUGCUAUGGGCUGGGGACCGAUAACAUGGCUGCUGAUGUCAGAAAUUCUACCAAUGAAGGCACGUGGCGUUGCAUCAGGCUUGUGUGUAAUGGUUAGCUGGCUGACUGCUUUUGCUCUGACACAGAUCUUCAUGCAUGCAGUGGAUUCAUAUGGGCUGUUUGCACCGUUUCUGUUCUUUAGUGUAAUCUGUGUGGUGAACAUCAUAUUUACAUCCAAGUGUGUCCCUGAAACCAAAGGCCGAACACUGGAAGAGAUUGAGAACUAUUUCAGAAACGGACGCUCCUUCACCAUAACAGACAGCUAGUUUUAGUUGUCCAUAUUACUUAUUAAGUAUUGUAGAAAUACUAAUAUUAUGUUUGGAAAUCAUAUAUGUAAAAAAUGUAUGCUCAUUUUAUGGCUUUUAAAUGAAAUGUGUUUAAAAGUGUGCUGUUAUUUCUUU